AUGUACCAGCUACUGAGAAUAAGGUCGCUGUUCAUUUUUGUGUCAAUUCUCGUUCUACAGACGGUCACAGUAGCGGCGCUGGACGAUGGCGCCGAGUCACUUGAUCCACAGCCUACUGCAGGUGAGGGUGCAAAGGAGCUGGGAAACAGAACAACUUCCCGAAGGAAAGAUGCCGUUGCUCUAAAAACCGAUGGAACAUUGUCGGAGGCAGAAGCGAAACGCCCUGUGGAGGAGCGGUCACCGCAGUCCACGUAUGACUUUUCUUCUGCAGCGUCCGCCUUUCAGAAGUGGGCGGACGGUAUGACGCCUAAAAAGAAAGAACCAGAUAAUCUUCUGGUUGUGAAAGGAGAUCGAAAACCGAAGGCCCCCCGGAUAGCGGAAGACAACGGGACCGAUGAUAUUGCAGUGGACGAAGGCAACGAGAUAGAAGAAGUCAUUCUUCCUCCGCUGACCACUUUUCUAGAAAGAGAGCACUACAGUGCAGUAGCUCAGAUGCUCAACGGCAUGCAUGAAAGAUACGAGCACUACCUCUCCGCGACUGUGUUGGAGGAGACCCGGGCGUUCCUUGACAAGGUGAAAGAUCUCCGGAGCAAUCACAUCGAGCGAUUCAACAAAGUAAUCGGCAACAAUGAAUUUGCAUUCCUUCGUCCCCUACGGUACUCCAGACUGCCUCACCCGUCCAGCGAUGUGUUGCGCAAUCUUCAUCCAGAGCACAACGCAGUGGCUGAAAAGCACUGGAAACGUGCCUGGGGAAAUCACUAUGCCUCGGGAGAAGUCUUGAAAAUCAAGAGACUCGACAUGAUUAACUACGGGUACGCGAGCGCCACGUACGCGGUCAAGCGCAUUUUUCCGUACACUCUCGAUCCCGACGACCGCCAGUCUCGGACCCUCGAUCAAGACGGAGCCCUCAAGGUGUUUGUUGUGAAGAGAAAUCGAAUUGAAGUGGAUCUCGUCGAAGAACUGCUCCUCCACCAGACGCGCGCCUGGCGCUUUUUUCCUCCCGAACGUGCGGAGCAGCUGGCAGAAACGGAAGGUCUCCUGAUCCCUGUUUCUCUGCUCAAGCUCGUGAACGACGAUGACGAGGAGAUCGGCCAGAAGGAAGACAGGAUCAACGAACUGCUGGGUCCGAAGGGCGACAUCCUCAAUGCGUUCCUACUCUACCCGCGUGCCUACGCGUGCAGCCUCAAAUUCUUCCUCAUCUCUUGGGGACGAACGGACCUUCUAAUCAAGACGGCGCCAAUGAAAGCGAUGAUCUCCAUCAGCAUUCAAAUGGUCUACGCGGUCGCGUCACUCAAUAGUUAUGGACUCGUUCACGGACACAUUCGACCGAGCAGCUUCGUCAUGACGACAGACGGAAAGGUGCUCUUGACGGACUUCCACACAGUUGUGGAGGAGGGCUCCAAACUCAGCUGUUCCCACAAACGCGUUCGUGCAAUGGCGGACCUUAACGCCUCUCCGGAAGAGCUGGAAUGCUCUCACCAUGGACCAGGACAGACGUUCGAGGCGUCUUUUGCUCUCGACGCUUGGCGACUCGGAGUGAGUCUGUACAAACUCUGGUGUCGAGAGUCUUGGCGUGAACCGAAGCCAGGAGAAACCUGGACCGAGCGUCUGACCACGAGACAAGUCGCUUUCGUCAAAGCCCAGCAGCGGGGACGCACGUCGCGUUCCGGCCUCGACCUCCAACACUGCAGAGCAGACACCCCUUCCUUCAUUCUUCGUCUUAUUCAGCAAUUCCUCGAGCCGAACCCCGAGACUCGGCUAACGCCUAUCGAUGCUGUCAAGGGAACUAGCCUCUUUCGCCAUAUGGAAAGGAGGUUGAAAGUCGUUCAAGAUAUUCGCGAGACCAUGCUGAGAAAGCGCAGCGAGGAGCUGUAG